UUCUCGAUUUUCAUUCUUCGCUUCCUCUUGGACUUUCCUCCCAGAGAGAGGGCGAAGAAAUCAGGGCGAAGAAACAGGUUCUUGAUCCACCAACCACAAACCAGCAGCUUGACAAUCAUCAUUGUUAGAAAUAAUUCAGAAAGUUGAUUGAGGCCUUCUCUAGCUAGCUAGAUCUACUGGAGUGGAUAGCGACACUACAUUAAUUUUAGUAAUACCGCAGCAUAGCAGAAUAAAGAUGACACAAGCCAAUGGUAACCAGAUGAACGCUUUGUACCUUCCAACAUUCCCAACGCAAGUGGUCCAGCGUGGAGCGAGGGCUCCUGCUCCUACCACCGCUGGACCUGCGGAGGCGAAUUUGUCCACGAUGCUUGUCCCAUUUGUGGACGACUCCGAGCACAAGGUCGUUCACAAUUAUCACGAUCACGCCAGUGAUCCAGAUGGGGACUAUGCCGCCCAGCAGUUGGUGCAACAGAGAGGGGGGCCGGGGGUUGAACAGUCGUUCCCAAUGAAGCUUCAUUACUUGCUCAAUGACUUGGAGCAAGAUGGGCUCUCGCACAUUGUCUCCUGGCAGCCUCAUGGAAGAUGUUUUGUGGUCCACAAUCAAAAGGCGUUUGUCGAUCAGAUCCUCGGAUGUUGGUUCCGCCAGUCCAAGAUUGCCAGCUUCCAAAGGCAGCUCAACAUUUAUGGAUUCCAGCGGUUGACCACGGGCCCUGACAAAGGUGGCUACUACCAUGAACUCUUCCUACGAUCCAAACCGGGGCUUGCAAGUAGGAUUCAGCGUCACAAGCUCAAGGGCACCAAGACCCGACGCGCAGCUUCUCCCGAAUCCGAGCCAAACUUUUACCUCAUGACACCCAUGCCUGUCCAGAAGAAACCAACUGUUGUGGCACCAACGGCGCCAGUAGCGGCAACGGUUGUCCCCAAGUCAUGCUCCGUGUCCAGUUACGAGUUCCCCUCGUCGACAUUGGACACCAAGACGUCGUCGGCAUCGGAUGCAUUGACGCUGCAGAAGAUUGUCCCAUCCUUGUUCUCGCCGGCUACGUUUGAAACCACGGUGCAUCACCAAUUGGUGCCACAGUAUCAACGCCAGCAGCAACUCAGACAGCCUCGGGGUCUUACUGUGACAUCGACAUGUUCUGUCACUGUCAAGCCCACGGAAGGCUUUGACAUGGCUUCUGCCGGGGGCGUUUCUGGGCCGUUUUCCUUUCCCUUUACACUGACACAAUCGUCCCAAGCGACCAACUCGAAUGGAGUUGCUGGUGGUCCCACUACCAACAGAAACAAUGAGGCUCUGUGGGCCGCACUCAGUGGUGGUGCUCCCAUGCCUAUGGCCCCAAGCACAGAUGCAGGGAAUCACAACAUGAACAACAAUGCCCACAACACGGGCGGCAGUUCACUCUGGCUGUUGCGCUAGCUUGCGCUCUUCUUUCUUCAUCGACCAUCAUCUUGCAUUGCAUACCCAGUCCUUCAAGUUUUCUCUUUCCGUCUGUCAAAUCCAGGACAGAUUGUGCCCUCCCUCGACUCGACCGUAACCCUUUGCGAGUUUUUCUUCAUACAUCGUACUUCUUCUUUACAAAGCAGAAAUAGUAUAGUCUCCCCUGUGUGCAUGAAUGAAUAGCUGUACUAUUAUUACGCCUUCCCCAUCCAUUCGAUUCAUCAUUCGCAGGUAUGGCGGGUAAGCCAAUGUAGCGUAGCACUAUUAAUAGCUAGCUAGAGAGUUCCAGGGUCAAUCAGUUAGUUCAGGA